GGGGCAGGUUACACGAGUUUAUUUUAGACGGGCAUUGAUGGUGUAAACUGACCGUGGUAGUUUCAAACCUCGUUACUAACCAUUCUUUGACUUCAGGACGCUCCAGAACCGAGUGGAAACCACGUUUCUGGUGUCCCGCGGUGUGGAAUUUGUGUGACAUGUGAAAUGUUGCUGCGUGGUUUGUCCGUAUAUCCAGGCGGCGACGAACAGACCAAGCCUGGCUAGCGUGGCUAACUAGCAGCUCGGCUAGUUUCCGUUAGCCUCCCUGCUGGCUGAGUGUGCUGUAUUAUCGACGCAGCCUUUAUCGCAGCUCCGCUGGUCACUCUUUGUCUGGUAAUACAAUCUUAAAGCUCUAAAGUUUCAAACGUGUCUGCUGUUUAGUGCCACGGAGCAACUUGGCUUAUGCUAGCUACAUAUGGACCCUGUGUGAGAGCGAGCUAAUGCCCCUUUGAGCUACCGUUAUCCAACAUUCAGUUUGACAACCAGUCCGUUGACCUUAACCAGUCAGUUAAACCGGUUCUGAAAUGCAUCGCUGAUACGUGCUGUAUUUUGGUUAAGAGCACACGUCGCACACACCAGGCAUAUUGUUUGGCUGACAUGGCAUCCAGCGGAUACUCUGACCUGAGGGAGAAGCUGAAAUCCACGACGCCACACAGAGACGAGUACAAAAAUAAAUACGUGGACAGCACGAGUAACGGCAGCGGGAAAGGUCGAAAACGAAAAUACCGGGAGUCCGACGACGAGGAGUGUGAGCACAGCGAUGACAGCGCGGAGGUCCGUGAGCAGGAGGCCCGCCGGGUGAAGAGCAGCAUCCAGCAGAAGAACAUCUUCACACCCGAGGAGUGCGCCCUGAUUGAGGAGAAGAUCGACGAUGUGGUCACCAAAGCAGAGGCUGGUUUGUACCGAGAGCACACUGUGGACAGGGCCCCGCUCCGUAACAAGUACUUCUUCGGGGAGGGCUACACGUAUGGAGCCCAGCUCGAGAAGCGUGGACCGGGCCAGGAGAGGCUGUACCGCAAAGGAGAGGUGGAUGAGAUCCCGGGUUGGGUUCAUGAGCUGGUGAUUAAGCGGCUGGUGUCCGAUGGAGUGGUCCCUGAAGGGUUUGUCAACAGUGCAGUCAUCAAUGAUUAUCAGCCGGGUGGCUGCAUCGUGUCACACGUGGAUCCUCUGCACAUCUUUGCACGGCCAAUUGUUUCGGUGUCCUUCUUCAGUGACAGUGCUCUCUGCUUCGGCUGCCGCUUCCAGUUCAAACCCAUAAGAGUGUCUGAGCCAGUGUUUGUGUUGCCUGUGAAGAGAGGCAGUGUCACAGUACUCAGUGGCUAUGCGGCAGAUGAUAUCACCCAUUGCAUUCGGCCCCAAGACAUCAAGGAACGGCGUGCAGUCAUCAUCCUUCGGAAGACCAGACCUGAUGCUCCUCGUCUGAGCUCUGACAGCCAUUUAAGCUUGUGUCCUGUAGAGAGACCCGCUCCUCUGAAAGCCAAACGCUCUCAUCGCAAAUCAGACCCUGGUGCUGCACACAGGCCGAGGGUUCUGGAGAUGGACAAAGAAGAGAACAGACAUCCUUCACUUUCCCAUCAUCGACGUCACAGCAGCAGCUCAGAGAACUCCUGGGGGCGUGGUCAGGACUAUGACAAACACCGGGAGAGUUCAGGGCGCAAAGUCAAAAUGAGACGUCAUUGAGCGGUCACUCACACACAUAAAUAUUAAUUACUAUUCUUUCAUCUAUGUCAGUAUUCUGUUCAUUGGUUAGUCAUUUUCUAGCUUCAGUUCUAGUCUGACACUAGGAGCACUGUCAUCCUACUGUCUGCAUUUUGAUUUAGGUCUGGAUCAGCCUGAGUGUAUAUUUGUUUCUUGGCAGAUGAAGCUGGCAUCUCUGCUACACAUUAUAUAAUUACUUACUUCGAAUAGACUUGGUUCUUAACCUUUUCUAUCACCUUAAAUUAAACAUCUUUUGUUUCUAUGUUCAUAGAUUUUAAAAAGAAUGGCAUGUAUUUUUUGUAACCAAGAUGUACAGACCUUAAAAGCUAAAAGGAAGGUGUACGUAUGGACUUGUACAAAAGAAAACCUGACCUGUAAUCUAACUUGUUAUAAUGUACAAUACAUUUGUAUAGUCUUUGACUGGGUGAAAUUUUA